AUGUCACAGUUAGAUUACUUGCACGCCUGCAAUAAGAGGCGGAAAAGGUCAUCUGCAGAUCAGAGAGUGUUUAGGUUCAAGUCUUUUUGUGAACCGGGUUAUCCAGCCCAGUUUGAUGGCCCUUUUUGGAACAAUGUUAAAGCACUACUAGAAUUUGGGCAUUUUGAGACUAAUUAUAGUAUUAAUGGCAUGAUAAGCUGGUCCUUUCAGCUACAACUUCAUCGUCAUAGACCAGAGCAUCGGAUUUUCCUUUUUGUUAUAGAGGAGCCUGUUGAAGCUUCAAUCUACCGAUACUGCAAACAUUGUCGUUACAUAGGUUGGGGACAGCAUAUGAUCUGCAACAUGAUGUAUCACUUUGUUGUGCCUUCCAAGGAAACAGCAGCAAUGGCUUCUACCUGUUUGAGCUGCCAAGGUAAUUGCUGUAGUGAUGGCACAGUUUUAACUGCAAGAUGUACAAAAUCCUGCAGCUUGGUGGAACUGGAGGGCCAUACUCUUCAUGGAGUCUUUCACUGCAACGGAUUCGGACAUUUGCUAUGUGUAAACGGGCUUGAAAUGGGUUCAGACUUGGCCGGUGAUCAGCUCAUGGAUUUCUGGGAUCGCAUUUGCACUGGUUUACGAGCAAGGAAAGUCAGCUUAACAGACAUAUCUCAGAAGAAAGGCAUGGACUUGAGACUUCUUCAUGGACUAGCAUAUGGAGGGCCCUGGUUUUCGCGAUGGGACUAUAAAUUUGGGCGUGGAAGCUUUGGAGUAACAGAAUCCAUGUAUCAAAAAUCCAUACAGGCCUUACAAAACAUCCCUUUAUGCCUUCUCUUCCACCAUCUAAGUCCCUUAGACAAUUACUUACCCGUCAUAUUCUCAAGAUACCAAGCCUUAUCUGAGCAUUCUUUAAUCACCUUGAAUGACCUUUUCCACUUCAUGCUCGAGCUCAGGUCUCGUCUCCCAAAAGACACCGCCCCUUCUGAUUUGUUCAACCCAGGCAUCCUUCUAGAAACAUCAUGUAGGUGGUCCCCUAAAAGGGUUGAAAUGGCUACUAGGGUCAUAGUAGAGGCUUUAAAAACAUCGGAGCCCAAAUGGGUCUCAAGACAGGAGGUUCGAGAUGCUGCUAGAGCUUACAUUGGUGAUACCGGACUGUUGGAUUUCGUUCUCAAAUCACUUGGAAACCAUGUUGUGGGUAAGUACAUUGUUCGACGUACCUUAAAUCCUGUUACCAAAGUUCUGGAAUAUUGUUUGGAAGAUAAAUCAGUUAGCCAAGAUCACAGCCUAAUGGUUAGAGAAUCCAAGUCUAACAUGAUGAUGGUCACCAGAGUUCAACUAGCAAUGGACAUUGUAUACCUUUACCAAUCCGCCCUUCGAGAAAGAAAGCCUACAACAGGACAAGGUAGCACAAUUUUAAUAGCUAGCAGGGUGAUUCUUGACAGCAAACACCUUAUUAAAGAAUUUAAUUUUCAUCAAAACCUUUCAUUGAGGAACAAAUUCAGCCUUAAUGGGGAGGAUAAUUUAAUAGAUUUAUUCUGCACUUUGCAACUGAAAGACAGACAAGUUCUGCAGCCUACUGAAAAUGUUAGACUGAAAGGAAUCAUUAACAUUGAAGAGUUAAAAAGAGAGGCUGAAAAAUGGUUCAAAGACAUGUAUUGGGGAAUGAAAGGAUUGGUGAUUCAAUCAAUUUUGAAUGUUAAUGCAAACGAAAAUGAUUUCGUAUGUGGGAUGAUUGAAGACGGGAGGGAUGUGAUUCUUGAAGCAGGAUUCGUGGGCGAUGGUGAUGGAUGGAAUAUGUAUAAAUUCGAAAGUAAGUGUCAUAAUGAAGGUUAUGGACGCAUAGAGUGUGCGUGUGGUGCAAAAGAGGAUGAUGGUGAGAGGAUGGUUGGUUGUGAUAUUUGUGAAGUGUUGCAGCAUACAAGGUGUGUUAGGAUUCCAAACAAUGAAGAUGUUCCAAGAAUAUUUCUUUGUAAUCGUUGUGAACAAGACAUUAUAUUGUCUCCUUCUUUAGUUAUGUAGGAUCUAAAGUUGAUGUUUCAUGUGAACAAGAUAUUAUAAUUAGUAUUAGUAUGUGUAUUCUAGUUUCAAAAUU